AUCCGUUUCUCUCUCUCUCUCUCUCUCUCUCUCUCUCUCUCUCUCUCUCUCUCUCUCUCUCUCUCUCUCUGUUACCAUAACAGCUCAUAGAGUCCGGACUUGGAGUGAGCGCGCGCUGCUGGAGUUUACACUACACUAAAUCCGAGCCCGAACCAGAACCUGUUCUUAGAUUCGGUUCUCUCUCUCUCUCUCUCUCUCUCUCUCUCUCUCUCUCUCUCUCUCUCUCUCUCUCUCGUGUCCUCAGCCAUGUCCGAGGUUUUGCCCUACAGCGAGGGAAAGAUGAACGGCUAUGGGCCGGACGACGAGGUCGGACAAAUGUCGUUCAGCUGCCGGCUGCAGGAUACAAACUCGUUUUUCAGCACUUCGCAGUCGAAAAGGCCGCCGAAACUCGGACAGAUUGGACGCGCAAAACAUGUGGUCAUUGAAGAUGACCGAAUAGACGAGGUGUUGAAAGGCAUGACGGAUAAACCGUCCCCUGGUGUCUAAACCUCCCCUGACGCCUAAGAACCUUUUUUUGCAUUUAAUCACCGGUUUGAUGCACCGCAUGUAACGCAGUGAGGAGCGACUGAGAAGCUUCUGAAGAUCAGGAUGCUAAGAGCGGACUAAGGAAAAGAUGAUGAUGAUGAUGAUGAUGAUGAUGAUGAUGAUGAUGAUGAUGAUGAUGAUGAUGAAGGACUGACAUAACAUGACAUGAGCCCGGGAGUAUGGUAUUGGGGGAGAGUGGAAUUUUCUUUCCAAGCUGGUGGUUUAGCUUAUAAUACUACAAACCAAAACCCAUCUAGAUAAAUCCAUCCUCCUUUAUCACAGCGAUGAGAAGAAGUCCUGCUCGAUUUCAUCCUUCAUAUUCAGUAUUCAUAUCGGACAUCGGUAUCGGUUUUAGUGCCACGUUUCAUCGAUGUGAGUGUUUCACGUGCUGGAGUAAAUACGGGUCACGAGCUCACAAACGACGCAACACUGAGUUUUAACAGUACAUAAAAAUAAUUAGAUGCAACAGUUGAUGAUAAUCGUGUGCAUGUACAAUGCAUGAUAUUUCAACUGCAGAAUUCUUCAGCGAUAUUUCAGUAAUAAUCUGUAGUGUAUAAACUAGAAUAGUGUACACUUAGAAAUAAAGGUACCAUAGUGUACUUUUUCCUGUCGGUCGGAUGCUGCCUUGGUGAAGUCUUCAGUUCGUCUUUAAUUUAACUUUAAACGUACAUCAGCUCUCCUUCUGUUCCAAUUCUUCACCUUUAAUUAAAAUGCAUUGUUUUUUACAAGCAACAAGAAAAGUACACCUUGGCACCUUUACCUGUCAAAGUGCAGCCUAAACGUCAUUAAGAAGUGUUUCUGCUGACUGUAGGCUCAGUGUUUGUUUUUGCUUCCGGCUUCCAAAUCGUGCUCUAAUUGCGCACUUCCGACAUAGAAAUAUAGGAGUGCUUGAAGGUAGUUUAACAUCACACACACACACACACACACAAACACACACACACACACACACACACACACACACACACACACACACACACACACACACACACACACACACACACACACACACAGCGCAGGCCUGGUCCAGGUCGGUGUUUCAACUAGAGAUCAAGAUAUUUGCGAAAACAAAACAAAAUAUGAUAAUUUUAUGCUAACAAUAUGAUAAUGAUAUGCUAAUUAUGCCCAUAAACGCUUCAGGUUAAUAGCAGAGGAACACGAAGUUUACAUACAACUCCAGCAAGUAUCUAAAAGAACAUGGAAGAGAACUUAUCAUUCUGAUUUAUUUUUUAAAAUGGAAACAGAUGAGGGGAGGAUAUCUUGUUUCUCAUCAUUUUUUAUUGUUUGGCGUCAUGUAAAUAGGGAAAUCUCUUGGUGAUUGAGUUUUGCAUGAACUUUGUGCCAAUGCAGGUGUCUCCUGUGCACCUUUCUCCAAAACCCCUUCUUUUUACUGAAGUUAAUAUUUGUAUUUCAUAUUUUUUAUAAAUAAAUGUUUCGCACUUAAAAUGAUAAGCUAUUGUGUGUUCAGAGAGUAACAAAUUACUACUAAUAAUAAAUAAAAAUAAUACUACUAAUAAUAAUAAUAAUUAUAAUAGAGUGUUUGGGAUUUUAAAAUACAUCAGCAUAUUAUUCUGCUUGUCAUUACAAAUCUGAAAAUAUUUGUAAUUGUCCAUUCAGUCAUCUAACACUGUGUUAUUUAUUUAUUUAUUUAUUUAUUUUUGUUUGUUUGUUUGUUUGUUUGUAUUAUUCUCUAUAGUUUUGUUGUGCAUGGAAUCUGAAUCUAUUCUAAAUUAAUAAAAAAAAUGUAUAAAGCAAAAAAAAAACAAUUUGUCUCAACAUUUAUGAAGGAUGAACGAUUGUGUGCUCUGAUGGCAUUUCACUGUACUUGUUGAGUUAAUAAACAGAGACAGAAACUA